CAUUAUUAUGGGAAAGGUUAUCGGAGUAUGGAUGUGGCUGGAUGGAUUUCAUACUGCAUAGAGGAAAGUAGAUGCACGCUAUACACAAGUGAAAUUACCUGAGUUAUAAUAUCUUACAGGCUAUGUGUAAAGGAUUUAUUGGCUUAGCGAUUUUGUGAGCAAUGUAUCACGACGGUAAACACAUAUGUAUGCUCAAGACGAUCCCCCCGCGGCCCUGCCGUCGUCCCCUCGAGGGGUGGUUUCGGCGCCGCUGGUGCAACCUGCGCUCCAGCAUGCUGGCCUGUCCCUGGUACUACUCUUCCAAACUUUUCCUGCGCAGCGAGUAUGGGAUCGACAAGGAACGGGAACGUCAGCUAAAUUCAAAGUGGUGGAUGAUAAUGCACCCAUACAGUGCCAUGAGGUUCUAUUGGGACUGCUUCAGUACGAUAGUCUACGUGUUUUCUUUGCUGUACCUUCCAUUGCAAGUGUUUAUUAUAUGUCCCAACAGACACGACCCUUAUAUUCUGUUCACUGACGCAGUUGGCUUCUUAGCAAUCGGUUUCAACUUCGUCACUGGCUGCGUGGUUGAAGACGGGAAGAAAAUCGGCCUUGAACCGGUAGAAAUAGCAAGAAGAUACAUCAAAGAUAACUUCGUGUUCGACGUCAUAUCUGCUUUGCCUCUGCAGUGUGUGGCCUUAGACGAUGACUGCAAUUUUCCAACAUACACAGUGCUGUAUUUACUUAAGUUAUUCAGAGUAACGCCAGUUGCGAAUGUUAUUAGGAAGUUAGGCCACCAGUUCCGGCUGCCGUACUUGACUUUAGUCUUGGUCACUGUGUGUCUGCACAUAUUGGUUUUCUACCAUUGGAUGACGUUUUGUCAUUACCAGGUCCCACUGUACUAUAAAUAUGUGUACCCUGAACCCAAUUUCAAACUCGACGAUUGGUUGCGGAGGGUUAAAGCAAUGAGUGUUGAUAACGAGCACAUCAACCUCCUCGAGAAAUACAUCAUCAACCUCUAUUACGUAACCGGGCUGUGCAUCGGCGCAGGAGUUUUCAGUUUGGUCGAACCUAAUUCCCAAAUACCCGAACAACAAGUAGUGAAUGCGUGUGUUGGAAUUAUAGGAUUAUUGUUCAUGACAUAUACUUUUACUAGUAAGUAA